CCCAUGGACCUCCAGAUGGCCAUUUUCCAUUGUGCCGAUGAUUUCAUGAGGCAGUACAUGGCAACCAAGCUCGCCUUCUGCCAGCUUGCGCUUCCCCUCCUGGUACCAAACCCAUGCACCUCCCAGAUCGAGUUCCCCCUCUGGUCCCUCAGCCACAUUAAAAAGAGCUGGAAGGGCACAGAGAAAGUGGCGAGGCAGAGCACAAUCAGGAGUCACCAGAACAAACUGAUCUGCCAGGCGGAGACCCCCAUCGUGUCCUUCGUGCGCAUUGGGACUUCUCCUUCCUCUUCCAAGUCGCAGAUCCUGAAUGCCCUGCUGAGCAAACACAAACACGACACUUUCUUCCAUCGACACUGCAAAGGCAGCACCCCAGACUGCCUGCUGAUGGAAGGCCUUGUGGAGAUCUCCUGGUACUGUCCCAGUGGAGGUGCGGACGACAGAUUUGAGAACUGCAUUGCGUUCACUAACUUACAUGGGGACGCAAGAGAACACAAACAACAAGUUAAAUUUCUACAGGAGAUAGCUUCUCUAAAUGUGGUCCUGCUUACCACUUCUGAUGAGACUGAGGUGGGUAGGCAGAUUGUGUGUGAUCUCUUGAGGUCCCCAAAGCCCUUUGUUUGCCUUCUCACGGAGAAGGAGGGCAGUGCGGUGAGUAUAACCAAGCAGAACCUCAUCGUGUCUGACAAGCGCAACCUCAACGUAAAAAUACCCAUCAAAAACAGGAACGAGGCCGACUUGGUUGAUGAUUUGGCCAACACAAUCAGAGUUCUACUAGAAGAUGCCGAGAGUAGUUGCAGCCUUGACACAUGUGCAGGAAUCGCUCGCCAGCAUGGCUUUCUGAUUGAUGUAGAUAAAGAAGAUUGCAAGGAAGCCAAGGCCGUGGCACAAGCACUGGUGGCCAUCUGCAAGGAGAAUAAGGUGGCAAGAGUGAAGGAAAAGCUCUUGCCUCUUCAAGGAGAAUUAUGGCAUGAGUGGUGUAGAAAGGACAAGGAACUCACCCGUCUGCAGGAGAGGAAUAGGAGCAUUGAACAGCAUCGCAGUGAAAUCGAGUCAGAAAAACAUGAGAUAAGGCAGAAGCAGCUGGAAAAGGGAUGCCCCCCAAAUGAGCUGAUGAAGCCAGUCUUGAAAAUGAUCCUGUCUGAUUCGGAAUCCACCAAGAAGUACUUUCUGGAGUGGAUGAAAAUGUUCAUGGAUGCCUUGUCAGCUGACCACCUUGAAGAACUCCAGCAGAAAUACCAUGCCUUGUGGUCACAAAUGAAGGAGAAAGCCGACUCUGAAGGCAAUGUCAGUGCAGGAGAUAAACUAAGGCAUAGGUUGGAAGCAUUGUCAGCCGAGAUAAGUGCUUCGACAAUAGGUCUUGAGCACAUUCUGAGGGAAAUUGGGCAGAUUUAUGAAGCUCUGGAUGUGAAUACUCAAAAAGAGAAACAUUUUCUUCAGCUGCCGCAGAUCGCGGCCAAACUGAUGGUUUCCGGGUAUCCCAUUGAGCUGAUGGAUGGCGAUGCUUCCUACGUGCCAUUAGAAUGGGUCGGGGCCAUCUUUGACAGACUAGCUGCGAUGCUAGGGGACAAGCGAGUGUACGUCCUUUCGGUGCUUGGCAUCCAGAGCACGGGCAAGUCAACGCUGCUGAACGCCAUGUUUGGCCUGCAGUUCAACGUCAGUGCGGGGAGGUGCACGCGGGGAGCGUUCAUGAGGCUGCUGAAGGUGGACAAGGACCUCCAAGAGGACGUGAACUUUGACUACAUGCUCAUYGUUGACACCGAAGGACUUCGUGCCGUCGAGCUGGCCAAUAAGCAGUCGCUCAACCACGACAACGAGCUAGCCACCUUCGUCAUUGGCAUCGGCAACAUGACCCUCAUCAAUAUCUUUGGAGAGAAUCCCUCGGAAAUGCAGGACGUGCUGCAGAUAGCCGUGCAGGCUUUUCUGAGGAUGAAGCAAGUCAACCUGUCCCCCAGCUGCUUGUUUGUGCACCAAAACGUCGGCGAGAUAACUGCAAAGGAGCAAAACAUGGAAGGACAACGGUGCCUGCAGCAGAAGCUGGAUGAGAUGACAGUGACAGCCGCCCAGCAGGAAUUCUGCGAUGCCACCUGCUUCAGCGACGUCAUCCGCUUCGACGUGAAGACCCACGUCCAUUACUUUGCUCAUCUUUGGGAAGGCAACCCACCGAUGGCRCCACCCAACCCCGCUUACAGCCAGAACGUGCAGGAGCUGAAGAGCAAAAUUCUCCAAGCUGCCAAGAAGGAGUCGCAGGGCAGCAUUUUAAGGCUCUUGAGCUUGAAAGAGCGGAUUCGGGACCUGUGGAAUGCUUUGCUGAACGAAAAUUUUAUUUUUAGCUUCAAGAAUUCUGUGGAGAUUGCCGCAUACAAGAAACUGGAAAUGGCAUUUAGCCAGUGGACCUGGCAGCUGAGAAGUCACAUCCUGGAUCUGCAAAUGAAACUGGACAAUAGAAUUCGGAAUGGGGAAUUGCAGAUGAUCACCGUAGAACACCUGGAGAAACUGGUGCAAGAAAAGAAUACUGCUGUCAUGAAAGAGCUGGAAUCCUUUUUCAGUGAGGACAAAGACCGUGAGAUCCUGGUCCAGUGGAAAUCCAGCACUGAAAUUAAGCUGAAGGAACUGAAAGAGUCACUUUUUGCUGAAACCAGACGGAAGUGCGAGAAACUUAUUGACUUAAAGAAGAAACAGAGUAAAUUGGAUGAGAGGAAGUCAGAAUAUGAAAAUGAGCUUCUGGAAAGGAGCAGGACGUUGGCUCUGUCUCUAAAAGGCCAGGAACUAAGUGAAGCACAAUUAAGAAGGAGCUUUGAUAGUCUCUGGGUCACCUGGGUUACUGAAGUGUCCUCUGCUGCUCCACCUAUAGAAGAAGUUAAUAUUGAUGUGGAUAUUGAAGAUAUCCUUCUAGACCACUUCAAGGAGCCUAAUCUAGCGGCGAGAAUCAAGUUAUUUUCCAAACAGCGGUGUUUUUCUGUUGACUUGGAGAAACAUGUCGUCAAAAAAAAGCAGUGGCGCUUUUGGCAGACCAGUUUAGAUGAUGCCGAGGUGGACCACGUGCAUCACAUCACAGAUAACAUCACGGUGAAUGUGAUGGCAAGCCUUGAUAAGAAAGAGAGGGACAAAAUGGAUUACAGUCGAAAUUUUAUCCAUGAAAUACUGAAUGAAGUACAGAAAGGCAUAGACUCUGUUCCUAGCAAUGCAAAAUUUGUUUUUAAAAAAGAUUACYGCAUAGAUUUGUCACUGUAUCUGUGUACAAAGGCAGCUGAAAGGUUUAAGGACAUGCAUGCAGCAUUCAAAAGAGCAAACGACCCAGCCAUCUACCUACAAAGUAAGAGAGAAGAUUUCUUCAAGUGCUUCCAGAUUUCCUGCCAAGGAGCCACUUCYAUCACAACGUUUGCUGACUUUUUGUGCAGUAAGAUUUCUCCAGCACUUUGCCAGGCAGUGUAUGAGAAGACAGCUAUUGCCAUAGCUCGAGACAUGAGGAUUAAAGUCCAAGAUUUUGGUGGCAAUCGAGCUCAGCUAGAGGUUUGCAUAUUGAAAUACCUGGCACAAGAGGAAAGUUUUGAGAAAUUCAGGCGCUACCUUUAUUCCCCAAGAGAAUUUUUUCAGGAGUACAUCAAGAAACUUGUUCAUGAGUACUGUUUAGAUAAGAACAGGAGGCUGGAGAUGUUCUUAAAUGACUCUCUUACCCAUUACUAUGAAAACAUUCAGUCGGCUGUUUUUACAUCAACCAGAGUUAUCAAAGACAGAAAUGACAGAAGCGACAAAAUCUCCCUUUGGCUGGAUGAAUUCUGCAGCAGUCUUAAAGAGGUGCUAAGCUUGCCCAGGAAGGACCUGAAAAGUAUUGAACAUCUGAAGGUAACGGACAUAGAGUUCCUGAAUAAUGCCGUGACAGAAGCCCUGGCUCCCCUGCAYGAUGAACUUAAGCAAGGUUUUGCUAAUGCUGAUCUCAACUCCUUUGGGAGGCAGCCACACACCAUACUCGCCGAGCAGUGUGCAGGGUGCUGGGAGCAGUGUCCCUUUUGUGGGGCCCUUUGCACAAACACUCUGGCGAAUCACGAUGGAGACCAUCAGCUUGUUUUCCAUCGUCCGAACGUUUUGACGGGAUACAAGUGGUAUAAAACAGACAAUCUAGUAAUCGACAUUUGUUCUAGUAGCGUUGCAAGUGAAUGUUUGUUCCGUAUUGGUGAAGACAAGUGGAUUCCUUACAAGAAAUACCGGGAGGCAGGGCCUCCUUAUUCUACUUGGAACAUUCUACCAGAUCCAUCCAUGAAAGCGUACUGGAAAUGGUUUGUGUGUCACUUCAGGACACAGCUGGAAAAAUGGUUCAAUGGCAAAUUUCAAGGCAAAGGAGAAAUUCCUGACGCGUGGAAGAAAAUUACAAAGCAGGAAGUGCUCUCACAAUUGGACAAAUUUUAGACCAAGUUGCUAUGAAGGAAGAGCUGCAAGCAUUCUGCA